UCCUCUGCUCCUCUCCGCCCCCGCUCGUCCCGUUAAAUUCCUCCGGCCUGGCAUCGGGUUCCCGGGGGAAAGGGCGGAGAGUUGGCCGCUUCAACUAAACUCUGUAACACAAGUAACCAGACACAGUGAGCAGACAAACUAACCGCAGAGCAGGAAGAGCAGGCAGCUGAAGUGAACCGUGACCGGGAACCCGGUGUUGUGUCGGGAUGAGGCGGGGAUACAUGUAUUAGGAGGAGGAGGCUUGUUGCUUUGCUGACACCAACAGUGUUCCCGGUAGAGAGAGACGCAGCUGCAGGUCUGAUGGCAGCCCGGCGGACUCGAGGUUUGACCGGCUCGGGUGUGAGCAGUACCACGGUGACCCGGGCUACUGCCAUAGCUGAGCAGCUGAGAUACGAGGUCUCCAUCUUACUGGACCUUUAUAAAAAGAGGGAGAGCUUCACCGCAGACCUUACGCUGACCGACGGUCGUCUGGUGUCCGUCCCUCCUCCUUCCUCCCAGCUGGACACCAGGGACAAGCUCUGGCGUCUCCACUCUGCUCUGCUACAGUGCCGCAGCUUGCUGGAGCGAUCCAUCGCCAAAGAGGAUGAGGAGCUGGGCGAUGGGAAGAAGGGUGAUUAUGAAACCCGGAGGAAGAUGGUGAAGGACAGGCUGUCGCUUCUCUUGAUCACCACUGGAGAACUCCUCAAAGCUGCCGACGGCGCGGCGGCCCUGACUCCCAGCGUGGAGGGAUUAGAGUUAGACGUUCCGACCGUCACGUUUGAGCUGAAGCUUUGGGUGUACCGGAUCUACAAAGAGGUGGACUACUGGACCAAGACGGCCAUCACCACCUUGCAAGCCCUGCCCACGGUGAUCGCCAAGGAGCGAGCGAGGACCACCGGGCGAGUCAGGAGCACGAGAAGCGCUCGGAGAUGAGACGUGAGAAGAGUGUGUGGGUGAAGAAGAGGACUAAUGAGAGAGAGGUUAGGGAGAGAGAGAGAAAGAGGUGAGUGAAGGAAUCAGAAGAUGAAGCGAGGUGUUCAGCCAGGAGCCAAUAAAGUGAGAGGCUGACAUAUAUGGUGUGAAAAAGAAAGAGAUGAG